AUGGCCGAAGUAGAGGCCAUGCCGACCUUCGGCGCCGAGCUCAAAGACGGAUUCAAAGGCGCAAACGCCUGGGUCGGCCACGGCAUCGCUUGGCUCGAAGACAUGCAGCAGUUCUACCGCGAGCGAGCCGCCAUCGAGAAAGAAUAUAGUGCCAAGCUAGCCACGCUUGCCAAAAAAUACUUCGAAAAGAAGAACAAGAAAUCAUCUCAGCUGAGCGUUGGUGACACGCCAAGCUUGACGCCCGGGUCUCUCGAAAGGUGCCGCCUAACCCCGUCGCGCCUGCAUAUAUCCCAAACAGGCCCAGAUACUAACCGAUACUUCUUACCCAGCGCAUCUAUCACGACCUGGGCGACCCAGCUGACGACGCUUGAAUCCCGCGCUGCCGAGCACGACACCUAUGCCAACAGCCUCAUUUCCCAAGUCGCCGAGCCCCUCAGAUUCUAUGGCUUGCGCUUCGAAGAGUUGCGAAAACGCCAUGCUGAUUAUGCCGACCAUCUUACCUCCGAGCGUGAUGCGUCCUACGAGCACCUGCGCAAAAUCAAGGGCAAGUAUGACACGACCUGCCAAGAGCUCGAGGCCCGGCGCAAAAAAUCCGAGUCCAGCUACGACAAAGCCAAAGCCCAGAGCGCCUACCAGCAGCAGAUGAUCGAAAUGAACAACGCCAAGAAUACAUACCUCAUUACCAUCAAUGUCACAAACAAGCAGAAAGAAGUGUACUACCAUGAGUAUGUCCCCGAAGUCAUGGAUAGCAUCCAAGAUCUCAACGAGUUUCGCAUCAUCAAGCUCAAUGGUUUGUGGUCAGCUGCCAGUCAGCUCGAAGAGGGUCUCAUGAAGCAAGGCGCUCAGUUGAUGCAAGGCCUCACUCAGCAAAUUGCCAGAAACCAGCCCCAUCUCGACUCCAUGAUGUACAUGCGCCACAACCUCGGUGGGUUUCAGGAACCGGUCAACAACACAUUCGAAGCUAGUCCUCUAUGGCACGAUGAUAAUCUAAUGAUUGUGGACGAGCCAGCAAAGGUGUACCUACGCAAUGUGCUAAGCAAAUCUAAAUCUCAGCUUGGAGAACUACGACGCGAAGUUGACCGAAAACGACGAGAUGUCGAAUCCUUCAAGAACAUCAAGCAAAAAGUACGCAACGGCACAGAGAAGAAAGACGAGGUCGAAGUCGUCACGCAACUAUUCGCAUUACAGCAAGAGCUACAUGGCGUCGACCGCAAGCGCAUGACAGCAGAAGUCGAGACCACAACCAUUACAGCCGCUGUUGGAGAUGUAACGCUCGGCGCUAAUAACCACAACUUCAAGAGCCAAACGUUCAAGAUCCCCACCAACUGCGACCUUUGCGGCGAACGCAUAUGGGGGCUGAGUGCCAAGGGGUUCGACUGCAGAGACUGUGGCUACACAUGUCACAGCAAAUGUGAAAUGAAGGUGUCUGCUGACUGUCCUGGAGAGCAGAGUAAGGAGGAUAAGAAGAAGCUCAAAGUCGAGCGUCAAGAAGCGGCGAAUAAACUUCUUACACCGGCGUCUGCAGCAGCCCCUACACACGUAGCGGAACUGCCAGAUCUCAGCAGAUCCAACACCAUGAAUUCACUGAGCUCCCGCUCCGCACGCCGGUCGUUUUCAGGAUCGGCACUCGAAGCUCCCGCUGAGGACGAGAAGCCUAGGAAGCCAAGUCCGUCUCCAAAUCCAACCGGGGGGCGUAGGAACCGGGUAGUGGCGCCUCCACCUGCGGCAUACAUCACCGACUCGACCGGCCAUGCGAAUGGUGGAAGUGCAGAAAAGAAGGGCAAAAUGAUCUAUCCAUUUGAAGCCAGCGGUGAUGAAGAGCUCACUGUACAAGAAGGAAGAGAGGUUGUGCUUCUGGAUCCGGAUGAUGGAUCUGGCUGGGUCAAGGUCAGGGCCGGGUACAAGGAAGGCAUCGUUCCCGCAACGUACGUCGAUUUCAGCAGUGCCUCUCCCACAGCGCCGGCACGCCCGUCGUCCACCUACUCAACCUCGACAACGUCUUCUGUCACUCCCUCCAUGGGCAUCAUGGGCAAGAAGAAAGGCCCCGCAGUCGCACCCAAGCGAGGCGCCAAGAAGCUCAAAUACGUAGAGGCGCUCUACGACUACACGGCGCAGACGGAGACGGAACAUUCUAUGAAGGAGGGCGAGCGAUUCGUGCUCGUCAAGGAGGACCCGGGCGACGGGUGGGUGGAGGUAGAGAAGGCGGGCGUGACGGCUAGUGUGCCGGGAAGCUAUGUCCAAGCUGUCUAG